AUGCCGGGCGAUCAGCAUUUUCCCGACGGCUCGGAUAACAAACAGGUCACUUCUUGGAAAGGACCGGCUCGACCUGACCUGAUCAAGAUGAGGGGCUCACUCUCCGUUGUGGCUGCUGCUGCUGGGCUCGGUGUUGUCCUCGGCCAAGACAUCGGCGCGUCGCUCGUUGUAAACCCCAAGAACAGCCCCGGGGUCGGUGGAAGCACUUCAUCCUUGCCGAUUGACAUCGCCAGCCUCCGUAACAACAGGGGGUUCGGCAACAGCCCCAACGACGCGGACUUUGACGGCACCGGCGCGGGUUAUCCGGCACAAUUUCUCCCAGCGGAGAACUUCAACUACGGAGGGGUGGACUUCAUCUUUCCGCAGUAUCAGGAUAACAAUGGGAGCGACAAUGUCCUCGCUCAGGGGCAGACCCUCAAUAUCAGCAGUGGCCGCUAUGUCGGUGUGCACAUGCUCGCUGCGGCGGAGAGCGCCAUCGCCACGGGCUUUGUCAACGCUUCGUACGCGGAUGGCUCGACAACAAGCGGUGCAGUACUGGUUGACCCGUUUUGGGCAUGGCCGUAUCCUUAUGGCGGCGAUAUUAUUUUCCCAUACUACCUCACAAACGAGACGGUGGACUACAACCGGUCUAUGAUCUUCAGGAGUAUCACAUGGCUCGACAGCUCAAAGGAGCUGACGAGCCUGCAGCUGCCAAAUGUGACAUCGGGAGCCGCGAAUGGGCCAGGCGGUGCAGCGCAGGAGACGAGGCUGCACAUCUUCGCCGUGUCGUUGAUCCCGGCAGACGCUGACGGGUUGAGCUUGGACGUCGAGCUGGCACGGAGCACCAACACGUGGGUCGAGGGGACCAACAAGACCCAAAUAUUCGAGGCGAUCAUCAACAACGUCGGGACCGAGUGGGUCCUAGCCAACCAGAGCGUCACCGUGUCGAUCGAAUCGGACGGUGUCCGGACGGUCCAGCCGGGGUACAUCAACCGACUUCGGCCCGGAGAUCAGGCCCGCGUUCAGAUAGGCGUCGUCAAUGCCGACGGCGUGGCAGAAGGGACCGAUGGCACUGCCACCUUGGCCAUUUCGGGGACGGGCGUGUCCACGAACUACACGUUCAAUGCUACCUACGGCAUCCGCGAGUUCGAGCCAACAUACGAGAGCAUCUACGCGCACGAGUCCCCUCCGUGGUUCAACAAUGCCAAGUACGGGAUUUUUAUCCACUGGGGCGUGUACGCCGUCCCGGGCUGGGGCAACUCGGGCGACAACGAGUCCUACGCCGAGUGGUACUGGUGGCGGAUGAACUCGGGCCCCAACAGCACGCGCGACCGGACCUACGAGUACCACCUCGAGACCUACGGGCCCGACGUGGUCUACGACGACUUCAUCGCCAACUUCACCGCGUCGCAAUUCGACCCCAAGGAGUGGGUCGACCUCUUCGCGGACGCAGGCGCCAACUACUUCGUGCAGGUGUCCAAGCACCACGACGGCUACGCCAUCUUCGACCUGCCGGCCAACGUCACGGAGCGCACGAGCGUGGCCCAGCUCCCCCACCGGAACCUGCUCCAGGAGAUCUUCGACGCCGCGGCCGAGCACCAGCCGCAGCUGCACAGGGCGACGUACUACAGCCUGCCCGAGUGGUUCCACCCGGACUACCGCGGCUACGGCUUCGGGGACUGGCCGGGUGGCAACGCGACGAACCCGUACACGAACGAGACGCUGCCCUACACUGGUUACGUGCCCGUUGGUGACUACGUCUCCGAUAAGAUCCUGCCAGAGAUGCGGACGCUGGCGAACAUGGGGACUGAGAUUUUAUGGUGUGAUAUUGGUGGCCCGAACUUGACGGCGCAGUUUGCUGCCGAGUACUUCAACAAUGCGGCGAGGCAGGGCAAGCAGGUCCUGACGAACAACCGGUGUGGUACGCCUGGGGACUUUGACACGCCUGAGUAUGCGAAGUAUGAGUCGGUGCAGAUUCGCAAGUGGGAGUCGAGCCUGGGGAUGGAUCCUUAUAGCUACGGGUACAACAGGGCGACGCCUGACGACAAGUACUUGACGGCCCAGGGAAUCGUGACGAGUCUGGUGGAUAUCGUCAGCAAGAAUGGGAAUUUCCUUCUUGACGUUGGACCCACUGCUGAGGGAGUCAUCGUCGACAUCGAGCAGCGCAACCUCCGAGCAGCAGGCGUCUGGAUCAAGUCCCACGCAGAGGCCAUCUUCAACACGACGUACUGGUCCAUCACGCCCCAGGAAGGCGACACCGUGCGAUUCACCCAGACUCCCGACGCCUUCUACAUCAGCACCCUCUACGCGCCCAACGACACCCUCGUCCUUACCUCCCCUGUUCCCUACGUGGAGGGCGACGAGGUGACUGUGGUCGGCGGGAACAAGUCUGGCACGGUGGUCCCGAGCGAGCUGUCCGACGGCAGGCUGACUUUGACCAUCAGCGAGGACGUGAGGAACGCGGAUGAGUAUGUUUGGGUGUUCAAGAUUGCUUUCGGGGGUGCGAAUAGCACCAACGGCGGAGGCAACGGCGGCAGUGGCAGCGGGUCGGGAGGUGGAGGAGACGGGACUGGCAAUGGCGCAAACGCCCUCGGAAGCUCGUCCCUGCUGGCAUUGGCUCUGUCACUGGCUGUGAUGCUUCUUCUCAUCUGA